AGGGAAGCGUGCGCGGACGGGGCGGUGGCUCGGUUCCUCCCCGGGGCGGCGGCGGCUCGCUGCUCGCUGCGUUGCCCCGCUGCUCCCCUGCGGAGGGCACCCCCCGGGGAUGGCCGCGGCGGGGGGCGGCCCCGCGGGGCCGGGCGCGGAGCCCUAGCGGCCGCCGAGCCUCUGUCCCCCUUCCCUGGGUCGCCGCUCGGGGGCUCGUCCCGCCUCCCGGCCCCGGCCGUGGCAGCAGGUAUGGGCUGCUUCUGCGCCGUGCCCGAGGAGUUCUACUGCGAAGUUUUGCUCCUGGAUGAGUCCAAGCUGACCCUCACCUCGCAGCAGCAGGGCAUCAAGAAGUCAACGAAAGGGUCCGUUGUCCUGGGCUACGUAUUUCGUCACUUAAACCUACUGGAGAUAGAUUACUUUGGACUCCGCUACUGUGACCGAAGUCAUCAAACGUACUGGCUGGACCCUGCAAAGACCCUUGCUGAACAUAAGGAGCUGAUAAACACUGGACCCCCAUAUACUUUGUAUUUUGGCAUUAAAUUCUAUGCAGAGGAUCCAUGUAAACUUAAAGAAGAAAUAACAAGGUAUCAGUUUUUCUUGCAGGUCAAGCAAGACAUCUUACAGGGCCGCUUGCCUUGCCCAGUCAACACUGCAGCACAGCUGGGAGCUUACGUAAUUCAGUCUGAGCUGGGAGACUAUGACCCUUAUAAGCACACUGCAGGUUACGUCUCAGAGUACCGCUUUGUUCCAGACCAGAAAGAAGAGUUGGAAGAUGCCAUAGAACGGAUUCACAAAACUCUGAUGGGUCAAGUUCCUGCUGAGGCAGAAGCAAACUACUUAGGGGUAGCCAAAUCCCUGGAAAUGUAUGGAGUGGACCUCCAUCCUGUUUAUGGUGAAAACAAAUCUGAAUAUUUUUUAGGAUUAACACCCAUAGGAGUUGUUGUCUACAAGAAUAAAAAACAAGUAGGAAAAUAUUUCUGGCCUAGAAUUACAAAAGUUCAUUUCAAGGAAACACAGUUUGAACUCAGAGUCCUGGGAAAAGAUUGCAAUGAAACUUCCUUCUUUUUUGAAGCACGUGAUAAGAUCACCUGCAAACAUCUCUGGAAAUGCUGUGUAGAACAUCAUACGUUUUUCAGAGUGCCAGAGAAUGAAUCAAGCUCGCUGUCAAGAAAAUUCAGCAAGUUUGGAUCCAUAGGUUAUAAACAUCGAUACAGUGGCAGGAUGUCUCUGCAAAUGACCAGAGAUCCUUCUGUUCAGCUUCCGCGGCCUGACCAGUGUAUUGAAAGAAGUCGCAGUAAGACAUACCCGAAAAGGACACAACAGACAGGAUCCAGCAGCAUGAACCAGAUUGCAACAAAUGGGGAUAAUGAAGGAACUACAAAAAUCAUUGCACCUUCCCCAGUGAAAAGCUUUAAAAAGAUGAAAAAUGAAAACAGUCCAGAAACCCAAAGAAGUAAAACAAGCGCACCAUGGGAGGAAAAUGGCCUGCAGAGUGGGCUGUACAAUUCCCCCAGUGACCGCAAUAAAUCACCAAAGUUUCCUUACUCUCGGCGGCGGAACCCAUCAGGUGGCAGUGAGAAUGAGUCUGGGCAGCCAGUCCGGAGGAGGAAAACCCAAAACUGUGGCGAAGAUUCAGAGUUAAAGCAAAGGAGAAGAUCGCGAUCUCGUUGUAACACCAGUAGUGGCAGUGAAUCAGAAAAUUCCAGCAGAGAACAUCGGAAGAAGAGAAACAGAUUACGCCAAGAGAAUGACAUGGUUGACUCAGCUCCUCAGUGGGAAGCUGUGCUUCGUCGACAAAAGGAGAAAAACCAGGCAGAUCCGAACUACCGGCGAUCCAGGCACAGAUCUCGAUCGAGAAGCCCAGAUGUACAAGCUAAAGAAGAACUCUGGAAACAUAUUCAGAAAGAACUUGUGGAUCCAUCCGGCCUGUCUGAGGAGCAAUUGAAAGAAAUUCCAUACACUAAAAUAGAGACUCAAGGCGACCCAAUACGCAUUAGGCAUUCACAUUCCCCUCGAAGUUACCGUCAGUAUCGGCGGUCCCAGUGCUCUGAUGGUGAAAGAUCUGUUCUGUCAGAAGUGAAUGCCAAAAAUGAUAUGGUGCCUCCGCUUCCUGUUACACGAUCCUCAGAUGCUAAAGGCCCCAGCAUCCAAUUGACUCAACAGAGACGGAAUGGAUCUAAAGAUAGCCUAAUAGAAGAAAAAUCUGUGCUAUCCACUAACGAUGGAAAACCUACGACUAAAACAAUAAAAACUGUACAGGUGUCACGCUUCAAGGUAGAGACUUGACUGCUGUAACUGAAGAUGGUGAAUGGAUUUUAUUCUUUGGAAAAUGAGAAUUUGUGUGUGUGUGUGUUCAAGGGAAGGAACUGAAGUUGAAGUGGUGGCAAUUUCUUCAGGACAUUCAGAAAUGGAGCCUGCUUGCUGGGAAGGCCAAGCAGUGCCUUUAUCACCUACACUGUUCUAGUGAUGUGACUGAUUGAGGAGAAGCUGUCUGAUUAGAUAACCAAAAAGAAAGUCUUCAUAAAACAGAACGGUCAGCAGUUACAUUUCCAAAAAAUGAGCAAAAAAAUAGCUGCAGCAAAACUGUGUUUAUGAUUUUCUCUGCAACUGAAUAGCCUUUUUCAAAAAAAAUUUACCAUUAACUAACAUGAUCAGGAUCAGACGCUUCAAGGGGAUCAAAAUAGUCAUAUUUUUGGCCAAUUGUGCAAUACUGUCUGAUUUGGGAAGAAGCAUUGUUACAAUUCCAUCUGGUGAUCAACUUGUGCCCUGAAACAUGAGCUGCUAGCUCUUACAUACUGUAUUUCAGCCUAGCACAACAGAUGCUGCUGUUGUUAAUACUGUUGUCAACACAACCCAGUUUUUUAGCUCAAAAAUAAUAGAGUCAGUAACACCCUGUAGCAGAGGGUUCCACAGAUUAUUCAGACUUACUUUCACUCAGCAAUUUUAAGUAUUCUCAAUUAAGAAUGUCCUUUUGUGUAGAGGGGCUAUUUAACUGAACAUUCCAUACUGUAAAAAUACACCUAUCAUCUUAAUAGUAAACAUACUGGAAAAAAAUGGAGGAUAUGUACUGAUCCACUGUAUUAAGGAUGUUUAGCAAUGCACUUAAGUACUGGUUAAACAAAACUUGUAGAGUAGGAUUUAAGAGGGCUAGCAAAUAGCCUUUUUUUUUUUUUAUAAACAAACUAGACUAGCAAAACCUGCCUUAAUCUCUUUUCAUAUGAAAUAAUCAAUGCUAAUACCUUCUGUUACUCCUCUCUGAGCCAUUUCUACUAUAAUAAAAAUGACAAAGGCAGUAUUUCAGGUAUGAUAAUUGCAACUUUUUUCAAUGUCAGAAUAGGAACAGUAAUUUUUAAUAAUGCUGCACACUGAGCACAUUAUCUUACAGUAAAUAUCUGAAGUGAUGCCUAGCUCUGCUCCUGUCCUGUCACUUUGUAUAAAUAGCUGAAGCCAUUCUUCUGCCUCUCAUUUGUCCACAGUCAUGGACAGACUGCCUGGCUUUGCUAACUAAGAAACAAAGCCUUUUUGUUUUGAAAGUAACUUUUCCUAGGUGUAAACCCCAAACUAUACAGUUUUUGAAACAGCAGUGGAAAUGGCUAUAGUGGUAGUUCAUGUGCCUUUUUAAAUCUGUCCUCCAUAAACUCCACCCCACUAUGACCUUUAGUGAUGCCAUGUCUUCUGCCCCUAGCAACACCAUACCAGGGGAUUGCAAUGCUGUCAGAAAUGCAAUAUUAUUUGAGAACUGGAGUAUAUAGCACCUGAGUUAUGCUUUUCAAGAAGCAUAGCAUUUUAACUAAGAAAAGUAGUUGAGAAGUACAACCUUAUAUAAUGUGUUUUAUUUUCCACAGUAUUUCUAAAUUGGUUAAUCAUCUGAGGUGGUCAAAGGGGUGCUAUUAGCCAGGGUGGAAGCCAUAUAUGCUGUAUAUUGCUAUCACAACACAGAUUGGUCUGCAGGUUGAGAGAUGCUAUAUUGUUCCAGUGAAGGCAGAUUCACAUAGAUUUCUUUGAACGUAUACUUUGGACAGUGCUGCUUUUUCAGUGAACAAUUCCAAGGAAAGGAAAGCACUUAGAACCCCUCUGUGGUGCAAAUGCUGUUUUCAUGGAUGUUCUGCAUUUUCUGAAUAAACUAUAGAUAUCAUCCGAGGACAUUUGUUGGGCUUAGCUUAAAGUAUUUGCUCAAGCUGCUUUUAAGUCUGUUAAAAAGUGCUCCAAAUUGACUUGAAUGGUUUCAUUAUCACUGUUCCAAUUUAAAGUGACUCUUUAGGAUCUAUUGUGACUUUUCACAAGCACUGGUUUAAAAAACAAAACAAAAAAAUGAAAAAAAGGCAAAAAAACAAAAAAAAACAAAACAACAAACCAACACUGUGGCAAAGAUUGUGGUGAUAGAGAUUAAUCUACAUCAUCAGAAUCUUUUGCAAGACUUGCAAGACUACUAAAAUACAACAAACCACACAAGAACUAGUUACGAUGUCUGUAAUCAAAGCCACUCCUUACUGUUCAAGAAGGUAUUUCAAGCUGGAGUGUUAUACCCUUCCUUGUAGUUUGUUGCUUUCUAAAUCAUUACUGUUAUUGGGGAUUCCUUACUCAGGCACAGGCACAUAGAGCUACUUUAGGAGUAUUUGCAUUGUUAUUAUUGAGCAUUGUCUGUACAUAGUGUCCGUAUCUUGCCAAUCUUCAAAUUUUAUUGAUCAGGAAGAAAACUACUUGUAAGGUUUACAUCCAACCUAAUGUUUUCUGUAUGUUGUCAUCUGCCUGGAAGCUUUUGUGUAUUAUUGCUGGAUACCAUCAGCCAGAUGUGUGGCAUUUUACUUAUCCCACUACAUGAGAAAAUAGGCUUGUAUCUAGUCUGCUAUUGAUAGCUUUCAAUUCUCAAUUCACAGAAGUUGUUUUCUAACCAAGCCAACUUUUUUUUUUUUUGCAUUUAAAUGAGAAACUUACAGAAACAGUCUUGAAUUUGAGUUAGCAGUCUUAUUCCCAAUGAGACUGUGUAGGAAGCAGUUUUUACCACGUCUACUGAUCAGUCUGGAGUACUACAAUACAGUUUUGUCUCAGCACAAGACUAAUCUUAGCUCAUGUGUUACCUGUUAGUGUCAGUGCUGGAACAAAGCAAAAUUUGGACAUCAUUGUUGGCUAAUAGAACAGAAGAAGAAAGUUCCUCCAUAUACAUGUGCCUCCUUUCCCUUUGAGCUUCUUUUCCUUUGUCAUUUGAGGAAAGAUACCUUUACUUGUGAUCUCGUAAGUCCUGUGUGAGAGACCUACAAGAAAUCAAUCAACAAAAGCACUUACUUUGGCACAGCUGUGCUUUGUAGCCUUAAAACAGGCAUGCAGCAUCUGUAGUGGCUUGCCACUUACAACUCUGAGCUACACCUACUGUCCGCAGCCCUACCUUCCCCUAGCUUUCCUAUGGCCUUCACUACCUAGAGGCAGUUUUGUUCCCAGCCGUGGAGUUUGGAUAGUUCACCGGUCAAAAUUCUUGGACCUUCUGAUGAGAGUUGGGUGGAAGACAGGAGAGAUGUAACCACAUCAAGCAGAGUUUACUCUGGGGUUGGAUGUCGUGCAGACCUGUCCUAAAACAGACAAAUGACUGGUGUUUCAGACAUUCUCAUCCUAAUUCUGCUUCUAGUCAGCUGAAAUGGUCUCAGGCCAACAAUUUUAACUUUGUGCCUCUACAUUUACCUCUUCUGAAACUUCUGAAAGUGCUAUAGAUAGGUAAGUUACGGAAUUCUCUCUCUUCCUAGUUAGCAACACCAACAACAUAUACAUCUUUGUAAGGCACAUGUUUUAUACAAUAAAGAGGGUUUGCUAUUCAUACCAAAAAAGCAUAUUUGUGUAUCCCAGACUGGUCCCCCUGCUUGUUAGCUGGUUCCUCUCAUUAGGAGCUAGCCUUGACCUGCUGUUUUCUGCACUGUACUUAUCAAUAUUCCUAACAUUGCAACUCAUACUCUUAAAAAGGCUCAUUGUAUUGAAGUCGUUGACUGAAAAAAUUACUACCAUUUAAGUUGCCAAAUCAACCAUCUUUACACAUGUGAAUAGUAAACUGAAUAUACAGCAAAUUUUCUUUUGGGAAAGCCUGUUUAAUUCAAAGCUCUCUAGAAAGAUGUUUUAAAACAACAUACAAAAAUGUAUCAAUGAUGUGAUUCAUAUGCUCAAUGUAUGUUAAGUAUUCAUGAAGCAACUGUGUGCGUUAUUUUAAAAUGAGUUUGAUAGAUGGCUGUGUCAAUACUUGUGUCCAGGUUAUUUAAAAAAGUCAAGUAAAACUUGAAAUUUUAGGUCAAACCAUGGUUGUUUGUGUGUCUUAUUUACAUUACACAAAAGAGGAAA